AUGGACGGCACAAAUCCUCACUCGUUGUCCGACCCAGUUGAACUGCCCUUUCGCAACUUGCUACCUCCCACUCUGCCUACGCUGAUAACCCAAUGGCUUGCUGAAGAUAUCCCAUCCUACGAUCCUGCUGGAGCCGUCGUUGGCACAGCACCCAAGGUCGCAUUCCUUCUUGGAAAAGCGGACGGCGUGCUCGCAGGUGUGCCAUUCUUCGACGAGGUGUUCAAGCAGCUAGGGUGCAAUGUCGAAUGGCAUUUGAAUGAAGGGCAGAGUUUCCAGAAAAUUAAACACGUUGCAACCGUCACCGGACCGGCGAACGCACUCCUGCAAGGCGAGCGGACCGCGCUCAACACCCUUGCGAGAUGCAGCGGUAUUGCGACCAAGUCCCGCCGCUUCCGUGACAUUGCGGCAUUGUCCGGCUUCAAGGGCACCAUCGCCGGUACGCGCAAGACAACGCCUGGUUUUCGCAUCGUCGAGAAGUACGGCAUGCUUGUCGGAGGCAUCGACCCGCACCGACAUGACCUAAGCAGCAUGGUCAUGCUCAAAGACAAUCACAUUUGGUCUCAUGGAAGCAUCACGAACGCGAUCAAGCUCUGCAAGAGCAUGAUCAGCUUCGCGACGCUCUUGGAGGUCGAAGUGCAGAGCGAAGAGGAGGCGGACGAGGCGAUUCAGGCCGGUGCGGACAUCGUCAUGCUUGAUAACAUGGGCGGAACACUCUUGGGUGAGGUUGUGACGAGAUUGAAGGAAAGAUGGGUGGGGAAGAAGUUCCUGAUUGAGGUUAGUGGGGGCAUCGACGAGACUAACUUAAGGGAGAGGCUAGUAGAUGGCGUGGAUAUCCUAAGCACGAGCGCAGUUCAUCAAUCGGUGCAACAUAUCGAUUUCAGCCUGAAGAUUCAGCGCUAAGAGACAUGGUUCGCCUCGUAGCGAUGGUCGUGU